UCAUCUUUCACUGCGAUGACUAGCGUGUGAUCGAGCUAUCAACAAGUGGAAGCCCCCAAAGAUCGCAUCUUUUUCUCUUCUCUCUCAAGAUUUUCUUGGUCAUCCUUCUGGAAUCGAUUCACGGGAUGGCCAUAUCCAAUCUUUUAUCUACACCCCAACUCUUCUCUCACAGACCCAGCAUAACUCCCCUCCACCUGCAACACUCACCGUCUCUGCUAAGAAAACCCGCCGGAGCUCCCAGACGCCUCCUAGUCACCGUUCAAUCAAAGGGCAGCAGCACAGCGGAUGGCCCUGACCGUUUAAUCUCUGCCAUUGCUUACUUCUACCCUUUCUUCGACGGCGUUCAGUACGGCAAAUACGUCAUCACGCAGUUCACUCCGGUCCAAGCUCUGAUUCAGCCCUUAGUUCCGGCUAUACGGGUCUUCAAGAGCUUCCCGCUCAAUGGGAUUCUGGUGUUCUUCACGCUCUACUUCGUCGUUGUCAGAAACCCCAAUUUCAGUAGGUACGUGAGGUUCAACACCAUGCAGGCGAUUGUGCUUGAUGUGCUCUUGAUCUUCCCGGAUCUUUUGGAGCGGAGUUUCAGCCCCAAAGAUGGGUUGGGGUUGGAUUUGAUGAUGAGCUUCGAUAGCACUGUGUUCUUGUUCCUCUUGGUCUCCUUGAUCUACGGCUCGUCUUCUUGCUUUUUGGGUCAACUCCCCAGAUUGCCCCUUGUUGCAGAGGCUGCGGAUAGGCAAGUGCUAUGAGCUUUUCCGUAAUUUAUUCCUGUUCAAGCUACUUUCUUGAAUGUACACUUAUUACUUGGAUUCAAUACAAGUAUAGCUUGAUUGUUGCAAGAGAAAAAUCUUUAUAUGAUUCAUACUUUGCCCUCUCAAUUGUUGUUUGUUGUUGACAUAUUCUGGGGCUCUUUUCCUGUGAAAUUUGAGCAAUUAGGAAGUGUCUGAUACUAUGGCUCUAUAGCUAAUCAUGAUUUAGUAAUUCAAUGUAAGUUUAAAGUGUUCAAGUAUAGAUUCUUGAGUUUUUAUAGUGUACUUAAUUGGCUUGUCAAUGCUAACUCCUAGCUUUGAAAGAUUGAAUCUUGGAUCAGUAGUUGAAGAUAUGGGAACUUAUUUGAGUAA